AGCCGGCUAUUCUAAUAUGCUCUCGAGGAGACGCCAUAGCCAUUUGCAUAUCCGUCGCUCGCUCGCUCGCACUCUCCACGUUUACCUCAGCUCGCGUUUCCCGAAAGCACUGCCGUGGAGGUUAGUGUAGCUCUUUCUCGCGUUCCAUUUGGUGCCGAGACGAGUCACAGCCGAUGUCCUAAGUGACCAGAACGGGACCGCUUAAGUUGGAGGGUUUGGCGUCGUCUUGUCUCAGAUUUGAAGCUUCGAACGGAAGGAAGUAAGUGAGCGGAGGACCGCGUGGACUGUUUUAGUCACGUGGCGAACAGAAGAUCAGAGUUGGCAUGAAGUUGCUUUAAUUGAUGUGAAGCUGUUCAUUUGCGCAGCUGCCACAGAAGCGGUGAAGUGUUACUUGUAAGGGUGUGCAUGUUGCGUUUGGAGCUUGAGAAGAGUGGGGGAAAAACAGGUGUUGACGAAUUUUGGAUCAUUGGAUAUAGGUUUGGAGAUAUCUUUAUUUGAUUGCUGGUAUUUGUAUGGUAUUCUUGCACAUGUUGGGCACCAUGGCGAUGUAUUCGAGCUCACCUCCGGCAACUUGGAGUACCCAGUGUUCUGUGAGUAGUAGGCCUUCGUCUCCAGCAAUUGACAUUGAAGCGAAUCUUCGGGGACCGCAGGCACACCAUCAUCAUUCGUCGAAAUCUAUGCAAGGAGGGCUGUCGAGUUUGUUCUCUAGCAACGUGAGUAGGCUUUCGCAGCAUUCUGGAUGUGACGCGCUGGACGCUUCCCCCAGUAACUCGUGCCUGGUAGGCUCUUUCAAGAGCAGUACUCAUGGCGAAUUUGCACAGAGUUUAACUGCAUGGGAAAGUCACGAUUCUCGACCUGGAGCUGUGAACAUUCCUGCGUCAUCUCUGAAGCUGAAAGAGCGGAGUCCCAUCUCAGUGUUGCAAGGACCGAUUUCCCGCAGCAGUGGCGGCUAUGGUUCACCUGGACAUUCCGUGAGUGCCUGGGAAAGCCCAAGUUGCGGGGGACUUCCCCCCUUGGAUCCUCAUGUUGACAGAUUAUCGUCACGUCGAAGAUCUUCUUUGUCGGGUGAAAGGGACAGGUGCAUAGCGUCGAGAAGCGUAGGAUUUGAGGUUGCGAGUACAGUAACCUGCGCUGGCGACCAGCACUCCCGUGUGAUGAACAGGCAGCCGUUUGAGCCUCAGCAGACCACAUCUAGCACUUCGGAACCAGUCCGCGUGGAAGGUUUUGGUGCAGGGGCUGUUGCGUAUGACAGUUCGCCGUUGGAUACUCUGACGCUUCCGCUGUACACCUCUGGGAAGACCUUUGGAACUCAAUCUCAUCGCGAAUCACCAGAAAUUCUGGAGGCUAGGGAGAAGAUGUUGAGGCUAGCGGAAGAGGCUAAUGGCAUCUUACCUGUGACCACUGAGGAAGCCAAGGUGAAGACUUCAGCCGGAACCUCAGCGGACGACCUCCUGAAAAGCGCACAAGCUAGGUACAAGGUGUUUUGUGACCCUGUCGUUGUCAAGGCCUUCAGAAUGGCUGAAGAAGCCCACAGGGGACAAUUCCGGCGAAAUGGAGACACGUUCCUUUCACAUUGUGUGGAGACUGCCUUGAUAUUGGCGGCAACUGGAGUUGGAAACACUGUGGUCGCAGCAGGGUUGCUGCACGAUGCUAUUGAUGACUCGAAUCUGAGUUUGCAAUUGCUGCGAGGUGCUUUAGGAGAGGAUGUUGCAAGCUUGGUCAGCGGGGUUUCAAAGUUGAGUGAGUUCAGUCAGCUUGCCAGGGAUAGUAACACCGUUCGUGAUCCAACGGAGGCUGACAGCUUGCGAACAAUGAUUCUAGCUAUGGUUGAUGUUCGAGUAGUGCUCAUCAAGAUCGCUGAUCGAUUGCACAAUUUGAGAACUCUGGGAGCUUUGCCAUAUCUCAAGCAGAUCGGCAUUGCCAAUGAGACGCUCGAAAUUUUUGCGCCCUUGGCAAAUCGCCUAGGCAUUUGGAGCUGGAAGGCUGAGCUGGAAGAUUUAUGCUUCAAAUGCUUGAAGCCUGUCGAACAUCAAGACCUGUCAGCAAGGCUGUCAGAGCGAUGUCGAGAAGGUCUUGUGAUGUCAUCUAUUAGAGAUUUGGACGACGCAUUGAGGAAUGAAGGGGUGCAAUUCGUUGACUUAUCUGGACGACCCAAGAAUUUGUACAGCAUUUAUAAAAAAAUGAUGAAGAAAAAGCGUACUCCUGAAGAGAUUCUCGAUGUGCGAGGAUUGCGAUUGAUCGUAUCCGAUGAAAAUAAUUGUUACGAAGCCCUGCAAAUAGUUCACAAGCUUUGGAAACAGGUUCCUGGAAAGUCCAAGGACUACAUUGCUCACUCGAAGCCCAAUGGGUACAAGUCACUGCACACUGUUGUAAUUGGGAGCGAUGGAUAUCCCUUAGAGGUGCAAAUCCGGACAAUGAAAAUGCACCAUCAGGCAGAAUACGGGUUAGCAGCCCAUUGGAGAUAUAAAGAGGACAACACUCAGCACUCUGCAUUCAGUUCUGAACGUGUGGAAUGGGCUCGGUGGGUUUUGACAUGGCACAGUGAAAUCAUGGACACCAAAUUACGGGUGUCACCACUGGGAGAAGAUCUGAAACCGCCUUGCCCGUUCCCUGUGCAUAAUAAGGACUGUCCAUAUGCAUCAACUUGCUGUGGACCAUUGUUCAGAGAGGAUGAUCCAGUUUUUGUCAUAAAAAUGGAGAAUGAACGAAUUGUAGUGCUAGAAAUGCCUCCGGGUUCUACAGUAGGAGAUUUGGUGUCUAUGAGGAAGUCCGAUAUGGAUUCUUUUGCUGUGAACUCUAAUUAUGGCCAUCAAAAAGAGCUGCGGGUACAAGUAAAUCAUCAAUUUGUCGAAAAUUUAGAACAGAAAUUGAAGAUGGGUGACUUUGUGGAGGUCCUUUCUACAGUACAGGCCGUUGUUCCCGGAGAAACACCUCUUGGGCGAUCAUCUUCUGUGGAAAAGCCUUGCGGCAAGAUAGCCUUGGAGUUCCAGCGAGAGCAGUUAAGGCGUUUGUACUCAAUUGACGAUUCAAAGACCACCUCAUUGGAGCGGACUCCAAGCGUCGCUGGUCUCAUGUGAACGCUGAUAGACGUGGAAAUCCACAGGUCAUUACACUAUUAUGGCAGCAUCGAGCUGCUACAUUCUAGUUGUAAAUACUGUACAUAAUUCUCACCAACAAUUGUUUCGAUAGGUUUCAUUCUUUGCCUUGGAAGAGGUUGUACAGUUGUUAAUCACAUGUCAUGCCCGAAAUGGUGGUAGACAAUGUGAGAUAGACUCUUCAACACUAGAACAUGGCCCGUUCCUGAGCUGAACACUUGUAAAUGAAAAACAAAAACACAAAGUCAAUUUUUUCUUUUUGUA